AUGGGUAGUUACACCAUAGACCGCGGGGUGUAUAGGUAAGAAUAUUUAUUAUCUUAUUUUACCAUACAAUACCAUACCAUAGCUUUUCAUACCUACUUUACCUAACCUCACCACACCACACCUAACCGUAUUGUACCUCACCAUACCAUACCUUGCCAAAACACACCAUACCAUACUUUACCAUACCUUACCAUACCUAUUUAGCAGCUAGCACACCAUAUCGUACCACACCAGAUACUUACCACAGCAAGCCUAACCAUAUCACACCAUACCAUUAAUACCAUACCAUACCAUACCAUACCAUACCAUACCAUACCAUACCAUACCAUACCAUACCAUGGAAUUGACCAUUUGCGUAAUAGACUAAAUUUUGAUCUAGACAAAUAUUUCAUCACAGCUUGAAAGAGCAUCGCAAAAUUAGUAAUAUUCCAAAGUUUCGUUGCGAAAUGUUGUAAAAUGCGAAUAAUAUAGCCUUGCGAAGUUUGCAAUUUUCAGUCAUUUUAGAUUACAAACGGGAAAUUGACAGCCCGAUACGCCUUGAGGCUGUCAAUUUCGCGUUUGCAAUCUAAAAUGACUGAAAAUUGCAAAAUUCGCAAGGCUAUAUUAUCCUCAUUUUACAACAUUUCGCAACGAAAUUUUGGAAUAUUACUAAUUUUGUGAUGCUCUUUCAAGCUGUGAUGAAAUGUUUGUCUAGAUUUGUUGAGAUCUAAAUUUUGUCUAUUACGCAAAUGGUCAAUUAGGACAAAGGGGCGAUCCAUAGGUGUAAAUAAAUGUAUAAAAAUCUCACUCAAAAUUUCCAUCUACAAAAUCCUUCAACAUUAAUUACUCAGUGAGUGCCGGAUGGCUAAAAAUCCCCAUAUAAUCUACUCCUAUCUCAUUGCAUUCCUAGAAAUAGCACAAGUAACUCGUUAAAAUGUCUGCUGUGUCCGUUUGGAGGAAGGUGCGCUAAAGGUCUCGAAGUGUUACCAAACUUUUGGGGAUACAAAAUCCAGAUGAACCCACCAACAAUAGAGUUUUCGCGCUGCCCAGUCGGCUACUGUUGUCAGGCAUCGUCCCCACGAAAAGGCUGUGUUCCAUACGACAAAUGCAACACUGCCCGACACGGCAGGCUCUGUGGUACAUGCAUGCCAGGUUACACUGAAACAAUCUUCACACCAUCGUGUCGAAAAUCAGAGAAAUGCAAGGAUUACUGGUUUUGGCCUAUGGCAGUAAUCUUUGUGCUAGGCUUCACCCUUUAUCUUAUCAUCCAACCAGAUAUCCCUGCCAUUCUUUACCGUGGUAUCACCUGGUUUCGAUCAAGCCCACCCCAAGUGACUGAACUCACCUCAACCCGAACUCACCCCGAGGACGUCUCAAAAGAAACCUCAAUAUCAGGCUUAGAACGAAUUAUCUUCUUCUAUUACCAAGCUAUAGACAUCCUAACAGUGCAAGGGUCCUACAAUGCAAUUUGGGAUAGUCAUCUAACCCAAUUUACAGUAGGAUUAUUCAACUUUGAUAUGCGUUUGAACCGAGAAGGCUUUGCCUGCCCAUUUCCAGGCUUGAAUCCUGUAUCAAAGCUGUUAUUCCAUACUUUAGGCGUUUUCUCAGUUCUCUUUGCCAUUCCAUGUAUUUUCCUUCUACAGAAAACAAUGUCGGUAUGUUUUCCUGUUCUGACUCCAAAAAACGGUCUCUAUCUAUCAGCCUUUCUUAAAAGCGUGUUUCUCGGUUAUACUGUACUUGCUCGGAAAAGCUUAACUCUGCUAAACUGUGUUACUGUUGAUGGUGUCAACUGUUUGUUUGUCAAUUGUAAUAUAGAAUGUUAUACUUGGUGGCAGACGCUUAUAGGGACACUGGUUCUGAUAUAUUUCUUUCCAUUUGUAUUGGUCAUAUUCUUCGGAGCUAAGAAAUUCUACAAAAAGCAAAUCUCUAUGGCUAAUUUUUUCCUUGCCUGCUUAUUUCCGUUGCCUAUGUUGUCGUAUUGGUUCUUAAACCGGCGUCAUCUUGCUGGAAAUGCUGCACCGGAUACGGGUGGCCGAACGGCUAUAACCUCGGUUCUGUUUGGCUCAUACCGUAUUCCAGAUCAUAUCAGUGCUGGCACCAUUUAUUGGGAAAGCGUUUUGAUUGGUCGAAUGCUUGUUCUAAUCCUCGCCGCUGUUUUGAUUAAAGAUCCGUUCCUAAAAUCGCUUACUUUACUACUUUUCUGCAUCAUCAAUCUAUCGCUGCAUAUAUAUAUGCACCCCUAUGAGCGUGUUUUCGAUAACCGUGCUGAAACUACAUCAUUAUUCUGCCUGGUGCUGAUGGCAAUGUUUAAUCUUCCUUUCAUGGCGUAUCUCUCUGAAGGGGUUGAGCCCACAGGCCCGAUGUCACAUAUUAUGGAUGGUUUCAAGUGGUGUCAAAUUGCGCUUGUUGGCUUUCUCCCAGUAGUCUGCAUUCUGCUCGUGUUUGUCGCCGUUGUUUCACAGGUUGCGAGACUAGUGUUUCUUCUUACAAAAGGUGUUCGUUUGGCGUGCACUUGUUUCACUUCUUGUCGUUUCUUCGGAGAGAGCCGGACCCAUGGUGAACUCAAUGACCCAUUAAUGGAGUAG